AAAAUGAUACACAAUGGGCUAAAAGGCUCUCCGUUUAGACGGGCUCUGGCUUCCUUUAGAUGACGUCACGGUACGUUUUUGUCACGUCAUUGUUCCGCGUCCGCGUCGCUUGUUUGGCUCCUUUCAAUGAAACGUUUACUACAUAACUAACAUUUUGGACAUCAUAAAGAUGCCUCUGCCUCCAGCUUUACUUGCACGCCUCGCUAAAAGAGGGAUCGUGAAACAUUCUGACCAAGAGGCCGAAGAGGAGAUCAUCGCUGAAGACUAUGAUGAUAACAACGUCGAUUAUGAGGCUACAAGGCUUGAAAAUUUGCCAACGAAUUGGUACAAAGUUUUUGACCCCUCUUGCGGUCUUCCAUACUACUGGAAUGUGGAGACAGAUUUAGUGUCCUGGCUAUCUCCUAAUGACCCUUCUGCUGUCAUCACCAAGGGAGUUAAGAAACAGAAAGGCGAUACUGGACAUGAUAAAGUGGACAUCCACUAUGAGAAGGCAGAGAGAGAAAGGGAACGAGAGCGAGAAAGGGAGCGAGAGCGGGAGCGGGACAGAGAAAGGGAGGACGGACGGGACAGAGAUAGAGACCGAGAUAGGGAUAGAGAUCGAGACCGGGACAGAGACCGGGACCGUGACAGAAGGAUGCGGAGAGACGACAGUGCACCGUACAACAAAUCAAAGAGAGGAGGACUGGGAGGAGGGCGGAAACAGCAGCAGGAGGAAAUGGAUCCCAUGGAUCCCAGCGCCUAUUCGGAUGCUCCAAGGGGCUUAUGGUCCACCGGUCUCCCCAAACGCAAUGAGGCGAAGACAGGAGCGGACACCACGGCGGCAGGACCCCUGUUCCAGCAGAGACCGUACCCCAGUCCUGGAGCCGUCCUGAGAGCCAACGCUGAGAACACGAGACGCCUGGAGGAGGACGAUGAUUCUGAUGAUGACUGAGCAGGAACACGGUCUUUAAAGCCUUUAUGACUGUUAGAAGGCUUUUGUAAUUUCUUUUCUUACAUUUAGGACAGAUUCAUUUGUAAAUAUACCAUGUGUUGUAUGUUAUGCAUUUUAUAAACAAUUGUCAUUUUACAUAACAUAGUGAUGCCAUUCCCUGCAAAAUAAACAUUUUGUUUGAAGGUGC